CAGCCGGUGGCCGGCUCGCCUUGGGCCAGCGCCCGGCGCUCGCUGCUCUGUUCUCCCCAGCGCGGCCCGGACAGACCGACGGACUCGGUGCGGCUGCGGCGGCAAGAUGGCGCAGACUGCCAUGUCCGAGACCUACGAUUUCUUGUUUAAGUUCUUGGUUAUUGGAAAUGCAGGAACUGGCAAGUCAUGCUUGCUUCAUCAGUUCAUUGAAAAAAAAUUCAAAGAUGACUCAAAUCAUACCAUAGGAGUAGAAUUUGGCUCAAAAAUAAUAAAUGUUGGUGGUAAAUAUGUAAAGUUACAGAUAUGGGACACAGCUGGACAGGAGCGAUUCAGGUCUGUGACAAGAAGCUACUACAGAGGUGCAGCCGGGGCACUCCUUGUCUAUGACAUCACCAGCCGAGAAACCUACAAUGCGCUUACUAAUUGGUUAACAGAUGCGAGGAUGCUGGCGAGCCAGAGCAUCGUCAUCAUCCUCUGCGGGAACAAGAAGGACCUGGACACCGAGCGCGAAGUCACCUUCCUCGAAGCCUCCAGGUUCGCGCAGGAGAACGAGCUGAUGUUCCUGGAAACAAGUGCCCUAACUGGGGAGAAUGUGGAAGAGGCUUUUGUGCAGUGUGCAAGGAAGAUACUUAACAAGAUUGAAUCAGGUGAGCUGGACCCUGAGAGAAUGGGCUCUGGCAUCCAGUAUGGAGAUGCCGCCCUGAGGCAGCUGCGGUCACCUCGGCGCACACAGGCCCCGAACGCUCAGGAGUGUGGUUGCUAACCACCCCAGGGACGCAGGUUGAUGGGGUUUCUGAGAUGCAGUUGCUGGAGCUUGAAGACUCUGAAGUUUUUAUGACCAUCUUUUUCUACUCGGCAGAAGUAGCUCUUUGUGGGGAAACAACAGUGCACACUGGCAGACAGGGCCCAGCAGCCACACAGCAAACCCAACUCAACGGACAGCACCUGUGGAUGUCCCGUGUAUGCAAAGAUUCCUGCCCCACAUUCUCCCCUUCACGUUCCGUUAGACCAUGGCUUGUGCUGUACACAGCCCGGCACAUUAGCAUACAGCCAGUGUGACAUGAUAGGAUCUUGCACUCAGUGAAGCUUAAGUUUUUUAAUCACAGGCAAUGCCAUUUGUGAACGUUGAGUGUGUUUUUCUCGUCAUGUUGGUUAUAUGUGUGACCAAUAUUGAAGGACAGUGUCACUGAAAGCCAGUGCGUUACUUAUCCCAUCCUGCCUCCCUUUCUACACUGUGUCCACGAUCCUCACCAGAAAUGCUAGGCCCACAGGACUCGCUAACAUCCAAAAAUAAAGGAAAUGGUGUUUCUCGUG